ACCUACGGCAAAGCGGUUCGGUACUUGGGAAUUGUUAUUAUUCUCUACCUUUUUGACUUUGGGGGAUUACAGGAGAGGCUUUGCUCCCGCCCACUCUUCGUCCCUCAGACCCAGGCAGGAGCGUUAGGCUGCGUCAUAGUUGCCUUUCUAGUCGCGCAUUUUGUGCUUUCCUUAAAAACUGUGAACCUUGCAGAAUCCCUGUGCUCUUGAGACAAAUGCUUACCGAUGUAGCGUGGUGGUGACUAGCUUCCUGUGGAUUUUACUGCUCCAGCUCCUUGAGAGUCUCAGUAACUCGGCGCUACUUGGAAUUAAUCACUGGCAUUCCCCUGCCCCACAAUUAAAAAUUUAAAACAAAACAGUCCCCGCCUCCGCAGGUGCUGGCCUGGUGUACUCUGUCUGGUCAGAGUGAAAGAGAACAAUGCAGAAGGACUCUGGCCCACUAGUGCCUUUACAUUGGAUUGGCUUUGGCUAUGCAGCCCUGGUUGCUUCUGGUGGCAUCAUUGGCUAUGCAAAAGCAGGUAGUGUCCCGUCACUGGCUGCUGGGCUGCUUUUUGGUAGCUUAGCAGGCCUGGGUGCUUAUCAGCUGUCUCAGGAUCCGAGGAACAUUUGGGUGUUCCUAGCUACAUCUGGAACCUUAGCUGGCAUUAUGGGAAUGAGAUUCUACCACUCUGGAAAAUUUAUGCCUGCGGGCUUAAUUGCCGGUGCCAGUUUGCUGAUGGUCGCCAAACUUGGAGUUAGUUUUUUGAAUAGACCCCAUCAGUAGUAGCCAUGUCCCGCUUGGACUCAUGAAGAAUUUAAAAACUUCCACUAUUUUUAGUGUAUUAAGAGAAACAAGUGCAGCAUUUUAACAUACUCUGACAUUUUACUUAAUGAAACACAACAAAAAUAAUAUUGAACUUUCCAGAAGAAAUCAGUCAUUAUCAUUACAACCUUAAAGAGGUCGUGGUAUGUAACCCAAGAGCUUCUUAUGUAUUCUCGUACAGUUUGAUUCUUGUACGUGGUGUUAUCUCUUCUUUAUGUACCUGUGGGUAAAGUCACAAGGGGUAAAAUGUUAGGUAUCAGCAUUGGGGGCCUUGAAACCCCAUGCCCUACUCAGAACAGUAUGAAAAGUCUCAAGAGCUUUAGGAUUUUUGUUCUUUGGCUCAUCCUAGAGCACAGACCUACUUUGGAAUUAUGUCAAAUGAAAUAUCAAUGAAAAUAAAGUUUACUGUAAGUAA